GCAGCGGCGGCGCAUAAUCCCCCUCGUCAACCCCUCCGAUCCCUCCUCCGCGUCUUCGUCUUCCUCCACUCGAUCCUCCUUUGGCUCCUCCUCCUACCCCGCCAGAGUCUUCGCGGCCACCUCCGCCUCAUCGCGCGUCGUCUUCUCCGAGGUCGUUUCUCGGCCAGCUAACUGGUGUUAGGUUGCGGCGGGCGACGGAGGAGGAGGGGACGUUAGGAGGAGGAGGGCGCUGGCUGAGGGGCUGGAAUUUGGGGGAGGUGAGAGCUUUCUUAUUGAGGGGAGGCGGCGGAAUUUGCUUUUUUGUCGGUCGUGGGCACCGAUCGCCGGCGAUCUCAAGGGUAUCAUGGUGAUUAUACAUGGCCUGAACGAACACAGCCGUUAGAUUCUGUCCGGAUGGUUGUUCGUGUCAGGCUCUUUCAUAGAGAAUAAAUCAUUUACUCGAUGGAGGAUGAGCUUUAGUGGUAGAUAUAGACAGUUUGCAAAGCAACUAACUUCGUGCAACUUUAGGGUGUAUGCAAUGGACUGGACUGGUCAUGGAGGUAGUGAUGGGUUGCAUGGAUAUGUUCCUUCACUAGAUUGUGUUGCGGCUGAUGUUGGUAUUUUCGUUAAAAAAAUUAAGUUGGAAAAUCCCGGUGUGCCCUGUUUUCUUCUCGGUCACUCUACUGGAGGAUCAGUGGUUUUGAAGGCAGCUUUGCAGCCUCAUAUUGAAGCUAUGUUGGAAGGAGUUAUACUAACGUCCCCAGCAUUGCGUGUAAAGCCAGCUCAUCCCCUCAUUUCGGUUUUGGCUCCAGUUUUUUCUCUUGUACUUCCCAAGAUUGCCUUCAAGGGGGCCAACAAAAGGGGAGUACCAGUUUCUAGAGACCCUGCAGCAUUGCUAGCCAAAUACUCUGAUCCCUUGGUGUACACAGGAUCAAUUAGGGUUAGAACGGGCCACGAGAUACUACGCAUAUCAUCCUACCUCACUCAGAAUUUAAGAUCAGUCACCGUCCCUUUCUUAGUCCUCCAUGGAACUGCUGAUAGGGUUACAGAUCCUUUGGCCUCUCGAGAUCUCUACAACGAGGCUGCAUCUAGAUACAAAGAUAUAAAAUUGUAUGAGGGAUUCUUGCAUGAUCUCCUGUUUGAGCCUGAGAGGGAGGAGAUAGGCGCUGAUAUUAUUAACUGGAUGGAGAGGAGAUUACAGCAGCAAAGCUGAAUAUAGGGGCGUGCGAUCAUAACUUGUAGAUUCUGGGAAAGGCUCGAUGUUCUGUAUGUUUGUUAAGGGUUGUGGACAUAAACACGUGUUGGUAGCUUUUAUUAUGAGCGUAUAUCAAUUGCAUUGUUGCGCUGUUCUGAAUUAUAUCGUGGGUAAGUGUAUGAUGACUAUCCUCAUCUAUUAUAGUGUAUUGUGGAAAGCAAGCUGCAAGGAAAUUCAUCUAACAAUUUAAAUA